UAAAGCUCUGUGAUAACAGAUGAAGGAAUAUCAGAGCUGGAGACCUACGAACAGAAGGUGCGGGAGGCUAUGGACCUGGCCUUGGAGAAGUCGGUACACACCCGCACCAAUGCUUUGACAUCCCUUACUACUGCUUUUCAGAAGAGAGUGUUGACACCAUUCCUGCUGGAUCACCACCAGACCAUCUGUGACUUGGUUGAGCGAUCACUCAGGAAAGGUCGAGGACCAGAGCAGGUGGCUGCUGCAAGACUAGCAUCCCUUCUCAUCCUCAGCUUGUCACAAGUAAACGAGGCAGAAGCGGUGUACAAGAUGCUGGAGCCUGUGCUGACUGUAGCUUUGACCGACCCAUCCGGUCCACUAGCUGGGCGGCAAGAGUGUGCAUACACUUUAGCAUUAUCUGCUUUCUUGGCCUGUCAUGAUUUAGCUGAUGUGACUUCUGCCAUGAAUACACUCCAUUCAGUUUUUAGUGGCUCUUUGCCAAAGGGUAAUGGGGAAUUGCCUAAUCAUCCACCUGCAGUAACGGCUCUACAUACAGCAGCUCUCAAUGGCUUUUGUCUUCUUUUGUGUCUCAUCUCUCCCACCUCCAUCUACACCAUGGCCAACAAAUUACUGAGAGAGAUGUUUGAUCUUCUGGGCUGCAGCGAUGUUGAGCUUCGUAUUCAAGCUGGAGAAGGAGUGGCUCUCCUGUACGAGGGUGCUCGCACCCACGAUGAUGAUUACUUUUGGAAUAGGGAAGGAGAACUCUGCUCUGCGUUGAAAGAAUUGGCAACAGAUUCCCACAAAUUCAGAGCCAAGAAAGACCGAAAACAACAGCGAGCUUCAUUCCGAGAUGUAGUUCGCACGGUGGAGGAGGGAGAGUUACCGUGCGAAACAGUGUCAGUGGGGCCACAACACCAGAGACAAGAGUUACUGUUAGACACUUGGUCACUUAAGCUGCAAUACUCGUCUUUGUGCCGUGCACUCGCCCAAGGACUUAGCACCCAUAUCACCUUCAAUGUUGGGGUACGUGACGUGUUCAGCCUUGGUCCCCCACCUAUGCAGUUGGAUCGCAAUAUGGCAGCUUUAGCACGCCGUGGCCAGAAGAAACCUAACCGUGAAUCUCCAGCUAGUAAAGCCAGACAGAUGGCCCGCAACAAGAACCGCGACAAUAGAGCUGCUGCAAAAACCUACGAUGAUUGAUAUUAAUUCAGGUUCCUUAUGAACCUUUGCAGCCUACUAACCCCAAAAGCCUAUCAUCAUAACACUAUUUUACUGAAAUUUUCUAAUUUCUCCAGAUAAUUAUCUUUUAUUUUAUGUAUAAAUUGGUCUUAUAUUCAUUAUAAUGCUUAAUGCUUAAACUGUCAAAAUGUAGAUCUAUGUUCAUGUGCGUAGCGCUCCGACCUUGAUUUCCCCAUUUGAAAGCAUGUAAAAAAAAAAAAAAAAAAAAGUAGAUCUACGUUCGGAGCCCUCUGCACCUGGACGUAGAUCUACAUUUGGACAGUUUAAGGGUUAAAGAUAGUUUGCCAUAUAUCUGAGAAAAAUUGACCCCUUUCCCUUUUCACUAGGAGCGUAUUUUGAUAACUUGUAAACAGUGAUGUAAAUAAUUCCGAUAGAGGGAAAUUUUAGAUAAGUUUUCUAAAUAUUAAAAUGCUUCGUUAAGCAGAAGACGUACAACUGGAAGCCAUAUUCCUCUUAUCUUUUACCAGUCGUGGCAUUUGUUCCCAUAUUCAGGUGUUGAUCUCUCUCGGCCCUUUAUUAAAUACUUUUAAGCUCGUUUGUUAUAAUUUAAGGUUUUGCAGAAUUCUAUUUUAAAAAUCAUUUUAUCUCUUACAAUAGGACUCUAGUUUUGACUAGCUUUGCUGAAAAGUGGGAGGAUUUGUUGUUAAAAUGUUCUUAAAUUUUUGGUCUUUGGGUGACAUGUUGACCAUUAUUAAUAUAAUAUUGUGUGUGUGUGUGCAAAUUUGGUUUAAAUUGUCCUUGAUAUUUAUGGGAGUGGGUUUUUAAAUACACUUGCCAUUUUCCCGAGGAAACACAUUCGUGCUUGUUGUCCACUUACUGACUCGUGUCCUGGAUGUGGGGGCACAGUGUCUGCACUUGGGGGGGGGGGAGAUGCUGCAGAUCAGUGGGUCACGUCGAACUGUUAUAUCAGUACGCUCCAUGGAAGAGUGAUUGAAUAAUUGACAGUGAAAAAUGUUUCCUCUUUUUUGGGUCUCCCUGCUUUUGUGGGAAACUGGCAGUGUGUUGAUUAUUAUUACAAUCAUAACUGAGUGCUAAACCUACAAGCCAAUGUGUUGAAAAGAACAUUUGUAUGAUGUGAUGUCAAUGAGCAUUCACAGAUUUUGUAAAAAAAAAAAUAUUUUGAGGUAAAGUGCUAAAUAAAAAUAAUAAAGAACUAAACCAGUAGGUGAUCAUAUAACACUUGGACUGGGAGAUAAUCAGGUUUGGUGAUCAUAUAACACUUGGACUGGGAGAUAAUCAGGUUUGAUUCAAAGAAGUAAACGAUGUUUUAACGUGGUAUUAAUAAAACACUUCAAGUA